AUGUUUACUUGCAAAUCAUGUAAGAGAAAAGCUUUCUCUACAUUAAUCAAUCCUACAUUUCGCCUGCAAAAUACCCUUGCGACAGUACAACCGAUUUACACGCCCGCCUUAUCCCGCCGACAUAGAAAAUAUACGACAACUACUGCGCCAGCCAACGUUUCUCAGCAAGAUGGAUACCAGGACAAUCCAAAGGCAAAGAGGAAACAAACCAUCUCUCCACAGGAAUGGGCUGCUCAAAAACAGUUGCAGUAUCUAAAAGAUCCGCUACACAUUCAAGACUAUGUCAGGAAGACGUUGGAGAGAGGCAAUUUUGAUGAUGCUAUGCUGAUCACAAAAAAAGCCAGCAAGAACUCAGUAGUGACGGUCAGUUGGAAUCAUUUGAUUGGUUAUGUAAUGCAACAAGGUAAACUUCAUGCUGGAAUCAAGUUAUACAAUGAUAUGAAGAAGAUUGGCCAAUUCCCAAACGCUCAAACAUAUACAAUCAUCUUCAAAGGUUGCUCUUUUUCACCUCAUCCAAAACUAGCCGUAUCGGAGGCAAUUAGAAUAUAUAACAACAUGUUAACUAACGAUCGCAUAACACCCAACACAAUCCAUUUGAACGCUGUUCUUAAAGUCUGUGCGAAUGCCGAAGAUAUCGAGUCGUUAUUCACCAUCGUUCAAACCGCCAACCAAGGUCUUAGAGCACCAAACAACUUGACAUAUACAAUCAUCUUGAAUGCCUUACGGCGCAAGGUUAAUAGGCGCCAGUAUGGUCUUGUAGUAGACGUCGAUACUCCCAAAAUUACAAAAGCAAAGGCGCGAACAAUUCUGCGAUCUAAAGCCAUAUGGGAAGAAGUUAUAUCGAAGUGGAGGGCUGGUUCCAUUAUUAUCGAUGAAGAAUUAGUCUGCGCGAUGGGAUGGAUUCUGUUAAUGGGAAACUAUCACGAUGCCGAAUCUAUAGAAGCUCUACUCGAGCAAACAAUGAUGAUCCCAAAGGAUGAUGUGGCCGCCAUCCGUGGGGAAUCUAAGAAAUGGGCGGGUCAUAGCAAAGAUGAUAUAGACGCGAAGCCAGCUACCACGGUUGACACCGACAAAAUCAAGGCCCCCGGUGCCCCUGAAGUUAGCCACGCACUUCCGGGGAACAACUCUCUUUCCUUGAUUAUUGCCGCCCUGGAGAAGAGCGGGAAAACGUCAAGAGCGCAGGCAUAUUGGGAUAUCUUCACUAAGAAGCAUCAUGUUGUACCCGAUGCUAACAAUUGGCAUCGCAUGCUCAUGACCCUACGCCGCGGGAAGAACAGUAGCCAAACUGUUAUGUGUCUAUGGGAUAUGCCUGCGGAGCUGAUGCUUCCUAAGAACUUCCGUACAGCUAUGAAUACUUGCCUACGAGACAAUUUGAACACCAGCGUCUUUAACAACGCCACCGAGGUUGUAAAAAUUAUGCUAUCCAAGCUUAAAAUUCCAGAUCCGAUAACUUUGCGCAACUAUCUCCGUGUAGCUUAUGCCUGCAAGCGGCCAUUUUUCGAUCAAUUCGGAAAUGAUACCUAUGGUGCAACGAUGGCAUGGAGCAAGCAGCUCGCUACAGCUCUCGAGAAUCUCUGGAAACCGUAUAUGACCGUUGCAAGGCAGUACGACGAGGACGGUCCGGAAUCAAACAUGAAACGAGAGCUUGUGGCCCUGGCACGAAAGAUGAUCGCCGCUAGCGAUAGGGUCAUAUCGAGCAAUGUGCUACGCCCAGGUGAUCAGAAAGAAGUUGAAGCGAGACGAAAUAGUCUGAAUAGAGUUGUUGUCCGCCAUUUCAAGGAGAUGAAGGAAAUGUUUCCUGAAUUCCGCCCGGAGGAGGAUGCUAAGGAAGAGGACGAAGGAGACAAAGAUGGUGAAGAUGGUGAAGAUGGUGAAGAUGGUGAUAAUCAUAAACGUACACCCUGGAAAUAUCCUCAGAGUAGACCAAUGGGGGUUUGA